UGUGUGUGUGUGUGUGCGUGUGCGCGUGCCGACGUUCCUUCGACCCCCGGUGAACCCCACCGGCGAGAGGCCCUGCUCGCCCCACCCCCUUCCCUGCUGCCUGUUUAGGGCGAUCCCUUUUCCGGCAGAUCCCCCACUGGCACGCGUUUCUCCACGCCGCCGUCCCUGAAGUGUGACCAUGCUUACCAUGCGCACCUCGCUCUCCCGGGCCUUUGCCCACCGCAGCCCCACCUCUCCCCUCCUGCGGGGCUUUUCCACCGCCGUGACCGGCGGUGACAGCUCGUCCAACGAGCCCCCUGCCCCCCCGGCCUCCGACGCCGCCGAGCCCCCUCUCGACACCACCCCCCCCCAGGAGGUCGCCACCACGGAUGUCCCCCCGGAGACCUACUCCACUUUCUCCGAUUCCCUGAGCCAGCACCUGGACUCCCUGCAGGCUGCCAACGUCCAGGGGUCGACCGGCCAGCGUGACACGGACAUCCUCCGCUACCGUGAGCCCAUGGCCCGGCGUCUGCAGAAGACCGCCUCCGAGGCCGUGGCCUCCACGUACAGCGAGCUGAUUGAUGCGCCGCAGCUGGCCGGCCGGGAGCUCGAUGAUCGUCAGCUGCGCGAGCUGACGGCUCGUGCGCUGAUGGCUCUGCGUGAUGCUGGGCGCCUGCCGCCCGAUGCCCCGGCCUGGCUCCAGGAGAUGACCUACGACGGCCAUGCCGGCCUGCGGGUGGCGCAAUUUGUCAGCGAGAAGGAUCGCCCCCUGGCCGGUGUGAUUGUGCCCCCGGCCCCGGAUCACAAUGCCCCGGGCCCGGUGCUUGAGUUCCUGGCUGACCUGCUGAAGCAGCCUCACUGGGCUGGUGCCGCCGAGUUCGAGCUCUAUGUGGCCGAUGCCCCGGCCCUGACGGACCCCUUCCGCAAUCGCCUGCUUGUGGUGCCCACCUUCCACACGGGGCUGGACUACCAGGUGGAUGACACCGGGCGCAAGUUCCAGUACCGGACCUUCAACUACAUCGCCGAGAAUGGCAAGAUGGUUACUCUGAAGAAUAUCCCGGUGUACCUGCGCGAGGAGAACCCCUCCGAUCGGACCAUGCAGGUGAACAACAUCAUCUCCAUCGACCGCGACAGUGUUCCCACCACGGGUACCUUCUUCAAGCAGCCCGAUUGGGAGGCCUACGCCGAUAAGACCUCCAACACCGUGGACCGUCUUAUUAAUGCCGUGGUCCCCAACCCGGACUCCAUGGUGACCUACCCGCAUGAGCGGUCCCUCAUCAACAUGAUGCAGCAGGAGCGCCCGGACAUCCAGAAUGAGGAUAUGGACGAGUCGGCCAUCAAGCGCGAUCCGCGCCACCGGCUGCCCACCCUCAAGAAGGACUCGCGCACUGACCGCCGUAAGGGUGGCCGUGGCGGCCGCGAUGGCAACAACUCCGAUGACGAUUACAACAUCAUCGCCACGGACCUGGCCGCCUCGGCUCCCGAGGACCCGGCCUCGGCCAAUCCCCACCUGCACUUCGGGCCCGGGGUCGAUCUGACCGGCAUCCCCGAGGAAAACCUGGAGGGGGUGGUCCUGCCGUCUGGCACUGGCCGCCUUCGGGCCGAUCGGAUGAGCACCCUCGGCGACCCGAUGGCUCGCCUGGCCAAGGGCCAGCAUCUGCACCGUGCUGGCAAUGACAUUGAGGCGGCCAUCGAGAUGGGCCGCGCGGCCAUUGGCGUCGGUCCGGAUGUCGACCUGGUGGAGCGCUCCGGCUCCGAUGACGAGGAUGACGAGGAUGAUGAUGAUGAUGAUGAUGGCCAUGAUGGCCAUGACUUCCAUGGCCCGGGUUCCCGCCAGGGUCCCAGCAAAUCGGUCCAGCCGCACGAUCUCAAGGGCAACCGGUAUGACCCGGUGCUGGAGAUGGUCAAGCAGCACCCGGAUGUCAUUCUCUCGCCGCACGAGAAGCUGUCCACCAUGGUGGAGCAGCUGCAGGCCGACUCUGCGGACCAGAUCCGCCAUGACCCGGAAAACCGCACGCUCCUGGCUUUCCUCAACAGUACCGAGGGUACGGUCAAUCGGUUCCGCUCGUACGAGGUGGUCAUCGGGUCCCCGGCCAGCACCACCUUCUACAGUGGCAACAGCCGCCUGCUGGAAUUCGUGGCCUUCCUGGAUGACUGUAUCAGCUUCAUGAACGACGUGCGCGACACCAAGCGCUAUCUGCGCAACCGGCCGUCCAUCUUCAACCGCAGCCAGCCCAUCGAGACCGAGGCCGUGUCCCUGCGGGCCUACCUGUCCAGUGUGGAUACCAUGCGCCGGAAGAAUGCCGCCCUUGCCCGGCAAAUCAUUCGUCGCCGCAACGACCUGGAGCCCUUCUCCUCGGAGCUGUCCACCAUGCGCAUGAACGACCGGUACAACCAGGCCCUGUCGUUGAUCGGCGAGCUGGAGGCCUCGGGCCUGGAUGGCCCCCGGAACUUCUCCCAGCACACGGUCAAGCUGUCGCUGGAUGACAUUGCCAAUGGCGGCGCCGCGUCCAAGACCCCCCACCGGUGGGUCGAUGCCAAGUUCAUUGAGGCGGUCUUCGGGUUCACCAUCAACGAGUUCCACUUCGGCAACAUCAUUUCUCGCCUCACCCAGCUGGAGAACCUGCUGAAGGAUGUCGAGGGUGUUGACAGCAUUCGCAACAUCCUCAACGUCUUCCGCAAGCCGGUGCCUCCGACCACCCCGCCGAAGACCAAGUCUCCGGACCUGGAGAAGGGCAUCACCUCGCACGGGCGCCACAAGCGCUCUCGCGCCACGGUCCUCCUGCGCCCGGGUGAGGGUCUCAUUUGGGUCAACUACCGCCCGCUCAAUGAGGCCUUCGGCCACUUCGGCUUCACCACCAAGUACUUUGUGGAUCCCUUCUACUUUACCAACACCCUGGGCAUGUUCGACGUCAUGUGCAAUGUCCGUGGUGGUGGUCUCUCCUCCCAGGCCAAGGCCUGCCGCCUGGCCAUCAGUAAAGCCCUGAUCAACCUGGUUCCUGGCGCCCGGGAUGUCCUCAAGGAUCAGUUCGCCUGGUCGGUGUCCUCCUUCACUCGGAAGGAGCGGAAGAAGGCCGGUCGUGCCAAGGCCCGCAAGAGCUUCACCUGGGUCAAGCGUUAAUCGCCCUGGUCGAUUGCCACUUCUGCCGCUGCGGCUGCCGCCGCUGCCCUUCCCUCUCCGGCUUUCCCCGGCUUUCUCUCCUUCGCCACCGCCACCACCACCCGUGCUGCCAUCUUCCUGCGGGAAUAGAAGGAGCAGCCAUCUGGUGGUCUGCCCUCCCUUCUCUUUUCCUUUUCCACCCUCUUCUCUUUCCACUAUCACGACACCUCCCUCCCCCCUCCCCUCCUCCCCACUCCUUGUGCCUGAGGGUGCGGAGCGCAUUGUCGCUCCCUCCUCUCCUUUUCCCCCCCUCAAACUAUGUGUCCAACGACUUUCCCCUCCCCCCAUCGUGUGGGAUAAAUAUAGAUCUGCCUUUGACACACACA